AAUUGCAAGGUCGCCUGCCAGGCCGCCGGGGUCGUCAUGGGCAACGAGCUCGCGAAGCGCUACGCCAUCGAGCCCGACGCGACGGGCAGCGGCGGCCACGGCUACUCGUGGAAGUCCUAUUCGGCGACGCGCAAAAAGGACGGGCUCGAGGUCAGCGUCUUCGUCUUCGACAAGUCGGCGCUGGAGAAGAAGCUGCGGGGCCAGGGGAAGGACUUGGUGCGCCAGAUCGUCGAGGUCAUGCGGCGCGACGUCGAGGUCAUGGCCGAGUACUCGGGCGUGGACCCGAAAGCGUUGGAAAAGGCGCGCGCGCCCGGCGCGUCCGGCGGCGCGAGCUUAAGGGACGCGAUGAUGAGCGGCGUCACGGGCGUCGCCGUCGCGACGGCGACGAAGCGCGCGCCGCUGGGGUGCCUGCAGCUCAUCGAGACGCUCGAGAGCCGCACCGCGGCGGUCUUUGUCGGCGAGCGCGUCGCGUGCUCGCUCGGCAACGCGGUCCACAAUUUGUGGCCCAACGUCGACGCCGCGCACGUGCCCCGCGACUGGCUGAGCGCGGACCUGAGCGAGGCCGAGGUGUCGCGCGGCGGCGCGUCGCUCUGCGACGCGCUCAUGGCCAUGCGCGGCGUCGGCGGGUUGCCGCCGCGGUGCCACCUCGGCGUGUCGCCGGAGAACGUCUGGCUCACGAAGACGGGCGACUGGCGCCUCGGGGGCUUCGGGCUCAGUUUACCGCUGCCGCCGGGCCAGUACGACGUGCCGAGCCCCUACUUUGGCGGCGCGGCGGGCGCGGACGGCUACCAGGCCGGCGACGGCGCGGAGCUCGCGUUAUUGACGGGCGGGCCGCGGCUGAGCUACUGCGCGCCGGAGCUCACGGCCGAGGGCCAGCGUAUUGUUUCGUGCGCGGCCGACGUCUUCAGCUUGGGCUGCGUGCUCUGGGAGGCCUACGGCAAGCGGGGCAUGGGCAGCCGGGGCCAGCGGUCCGCGCCGCUCCUCGACGGCUGCGGCGACUCGCUCUACCGCCACCGGUCCAUGGUCGCGACGAAGCUGGCGCAGAACCUGGACGUGGCGCUGCUCCCGCCGCUCGCGCGCGACGCCGUCGGCCGCGCGCUCGCGCCGGGCCCCGCGGGCCGGCCCGACGCGGCGGCGCUCCGCGGCUGCCCCGCGUUCCACAGUACGCCCGUCAUGGCCCUCAAGGAGCUCGACGGCCUCGCGUCCAAGGACCCGACGGGCGCCAUGUCGUUCCUCGGGUCGCUCGCGCCCAUGCUCGCCGAAGACGCGCCGCCGGAGAUGGCCGCGUGCUUCGACGACCGCGCGCUGAAGGUCGUCGUCGUCGUCGUACCGAACCUGGACGCGGCGACGCGCGCGCGGCCCCAGCUCUGCGCGCACGCGUCGGCGGCGGUGCUCGCCUGCGCGAAGCGCCUCGACGCGGCCGACUUCCGGACGACGCUCCAGCCGCUGCUCGAGCGCUUCUUGGGCGACGAGAAGACGCCGCCCGCGGCGCUCCACGCCGUCGUGUCCCACGCGGGGCUGCUAUUAGAGCGCGCGGACGCCGCCUGGGCCGCGACGCGCGUCACGGACGCGCUCUGCCGCGCGCUCCGCGAGGCGUCGGGCGCCGCGCUCGUCGACGCGGCGCUCGCGCAGCUCGGCGACGGCGACACGCUCGACGCGCUCGUCGCCAAGUCCUCGCUCGCGGGGCCGGGGGGCGCCUGCGGCAAGCUGAGCGGCGAGCUCGUGCCCGCGGUGUGCCGCGUCGCCGUCGCGGCGACGUCGCCCCUCGGCUGCAAGGUCCGGGCCCACAAGGCCCUCGCCGCGUGCCUGGAACGGCCCGCGGCCACGCCCCCGGACGUCGUCUCGGGCGUCUGCGUGCCCGCGCUCCACGCGUCCGUGAAGAAGGUCGACGGCCACCCGGCGCUCGCCAUGUGCGUGUUAGGGUGCUACGACGUCGUCGCGAAGCGGCUCCCGGAGCGGAGCCGCAUCACGCGCGACGUGCUGCCCGCGCUCGUGCCGUUGUUGGACGAGAAGACGCUGAACGCGAAGCAGUUCGAGAUGGUCGUCGUCCGCGUCGAGCAGAUGCUCGCGGCCGCGGUCAAGGCGCGGCGCACGGAGCUGAGCGUCGGCGGCGCCGCGCCCGCGCCGGAGGCCGCGCCGGCCGUGCCGGGCGCGCGCGCGGGCGGCUACGCGCAGCCCGACUGGGACGCGCCCGCGCCCGCGUGGAAUCCGCCCGCGCCCGCCGCGGCGUGGAACCCGCCCGCGCCCGCGCCGGCGCCGCGGCCCCACAGCGCCGCCGACCCCUUCGCGCUCCACGGCGCCGCGCCGCCGCCGCGCGCCGCGCCGGCGCCGCGCGCGGCGCCGCGCAGCGCCCGCGGCGCGGCCCGGAGCCCGCCGCGGCAGCAGGACGCGACGUGGACGCCGCCGGGCGCCGCGGCGCAGCUCGACGCCAACGCCGCGGAGAUCGCGCGGCUCAAGCAGCAGCUCGCGUCCGCGUCCGUCGGGGGAGGGGUGGCCGACCAGAUCGCGACGGCGCGGAGCGAGAUCCAGAGCCUCCAGUCCCAGCUCUCGCAGCCCGCGGACCCCUUCGGCGGCGCGGGCAUGGGCGGCGGGGGCAUGGGCGGCGGUUUCCAGCAGCCGCAGCCGGACCCCUUCGCCAUGGGCGCGCCGGCCGCGCCGGCGCCGGACCCCUUUGGGAUGGGCGGCGCGCCGCUGGGCGGAGGCGGCAUGGGCGGCGGCAUGCAGAUGGGCGGCGGCGGCAUGAGCGCCAUGGGCGGCGGCGGCAUGCAGAUGGGCGGCGGCAUGCAACCGGGCGGCGGCAUGAGCGGCAUGAGCAGCGGCAUGGGCGGCGGCAUGAACGGCGGCAUGGGCGGCGGCAUGGGCGGCAUGCAGCAGAUGGGCGCGCCGGACCCGUUCGCCGCGCAGCAGCAGCCCGCGAUGGGCGGCGACCCCUUCGCGGGCCAGGGCCUGAUGCAGCAGCCGCCGCCGUCGAACUCGGGGAGCGCGUUCGACUUUAUGCGUGGUGCUCGGGGCCGGAACCGCCCGGCGCCCCGCUGCGCGACGCGCAUGUGCGACAAGGCGUCCAUCCGGGAGCCCUUCGUCCAGCGGGGCACGACGUGCCUCGACGCCGGCGUCUACGCGGCGAACUGGCUGGGCUGCGGUCGGUGCGGUUCGUCGGCGCUCCCCGCGGCCGCCAAUCUGCGCGUCGAGGAGGAGGAGGACUCCGACGACGGCGAGGCGGCCGAGGAGACGGAGUUCGAGCACCGCUGCCGCGACUGCAACGCUCUCGUCGCGACGCACUUCCACCGCUUCGUCGCCGGGCCGCUGGCGCGGCGCUGGCUCAUGGAGUGCGCGCUCUGCGGCCGCGGCGCCGACGAGCGCGCGGCGCUCGCGGCCGUCGCCGCGGGCCGCGGCGCCCCGGGCCCGGACCCGCCGCCGCCGCCGCCGCGCCGCGCGCUCUCGGCCGCGGCCGUCGCCGCGUCGAGCGACGCGCUCCUCGCGCGCGCGGCGGCGACGCUCGGCGUCGAGAGCGACGACGACGACGACGACGAGCCAAAGCUGAAGAGCUCUCCGAGCGGACGAGUGAUGGCAUCUCUCCUCGACGAGGCCUCGGAGGAGCCGCCCCUCCUGGCCCUGCUGCUCCGGCUCCAGCGGGAGCCCGACGGCCUCGUGGCCGCGGAGCCCGUCGUCGACGACGACGACGCCGAGGCCACGGGCGCUCCCAGCCGGUCGCCGGAGGAGCACCGGUCGCUGGCGCUCGCGGCCCUCGACGGCGCGACGCGCGACGCGCGGCGCGCCGCCGCGUCGUCCCUGGCCCGCGAUACGCUCGCGCGCUUCGCCGACGCCUACGCCGGCGACGACGCGGGCGGCGUCGCCGCCGCGCGCGCGCACGGCGCGUGGCUGGCGCGCGUCCGACCGCGGGCGCUCGCGUUCCCCGCGGCGUUCCCGACGGCGGCGGCGAGCGGCGCGCUCGACGUGCGCGCCACCGGCGACCGCGCGGCCCUGCUCUUCGACUCGGCGCGCUGGCACCCCUGGGCCUACGACCGUUUUACGAACGAGGCCUGCGCCGCGGAGUUCGAGCGCUACGUCGCGUACCAUUUCGAGGUCGCCUGCGGCCACCUCGACGCGCUGGGCACACCCCGGGCGCUCGACGUCCUCGUGCGCGUCGCGGACCGGCCCAUGCUCCUGCGGCCCUGCGCGCUAUUUUGCGUGAAGCGCCUCGUCGACGUCGUCUUCCAGUACCCCCGGCG